GACGUCACCAACCCGGAAAGAAGCUCGCAGCAGAGUUGUUGUCGCAGCAGCUCUGCUGAUUUUUCUCUGAAAAUUUCCUAGCAGACUGAAACAGAUCCUCCACCGCUGCUGCUGUUGUUUAUUUGUCGUUGUCGUUGUCGUUGUUUUGUUGUUGUUUACACUCUGCGUCGCCAUCAUGAACGUGACGCUCGCGGUGAAGCAGUACAUUUCGAAGAUGAUCGAAAACAGCGGGCCCGGGAUGAAGGUGCUGCUGAUGGACAGAGAGACGACCAGUAUAGUGAGCGUGGUCUACACUCAGUCAGAGAUCCUGCAGAAGGAGGUUUACCUGUUUGAACGGAUCGACUCUCAGAACAGAGACAGCAUGAAACACCUGAAGGCCAUCUGCUUCCUGAGACCCACAAAGGAGAAUGUGGAACAUCUGAUCCAGGAGCUACGGAGACCAAAGUACAGCGUCUACUUCAUCUACUUCAGUAAUGUCAUCAGUAAGAGUGAGAUCAAAGCUCUUGCUGAGGCUGAUGAACAGGAAGUGGUGGCUGAAGUCCAGGAGUUUUAUGGAGACUUCAUCGCAGUGAAUCCUCACCUGUUCUCCCUCAACCUGCAGGGAGUCGCCAGGGGUCGGAGCUGGGAGCCCUCCAUGUUGUCUCGGUGUACUCAGGGUCUGACCUCCGUCCUUCUUUCCCUGAAGAAAUGUCCAAUGAUCCGCUACCAGCUGUCCUCCGACAUGUCCAAACGCCUCGCAGAGAGUGUCAAGCAAAUCAUCACGAAGGAGUACGAGCUGUUUGACUUCAGGAAAACUGAAGUUCCUCCUCUGCUGCUGAUCCUCGACCGCAGCGAUGACGCCAUAACGCCGCUGCUCAACCAGUGGACGUACCAGGCAAUGGUCCACGAGCUGCUGGGUCUGAACAACAACAGGAUCGACCUCUCCAGAGUGCCAGGGAUCAGCAAAGACCUGAAGGAGGUGGUUCUGUCUGCAGAAAACGACGAGUUCUACGCCAACAACUUGUACCUGAACUUUGCAGAAAUCGGCACCAACAUUAAAAACCUGAUGGAAGAUUUCCAGAAGAAAAAACCGAAAGAACAACAGAAGCUGGAGUCCAUCAGUGACAUGAAGGCUUUUGUUGAUAACUACCCUCAGUUUAAGAAGAUGUCAGGCACUGUGUCCAAACAUGUGACAGUGGUGGGUGAGCUGUCUCGGCUGGUGUCUGAGCGUCAGCUGAUGGAGGUGUCAGAGGUGGAGCAGGAGCUGUCCUGUCAGAACGACCACUCCAGCGCUCAGCAGAACGUCCGCCGGCUGCUGCAGAAUCCUCGUCUCUCUGAGCUGGAUGCUGUCCGUCUUGUCAUGCUCUAUGCUCUGAGAUAUGAACGCCACAGCAGCAGCAUCCUGCCGGCUUUGAUGGAUGAGCUGAACAGGAGGGGAGUGUCCGAGCGGCAUCGCAGGAUGGUGAAGUCGGUGGUGGAGUACGGAGGAAAAAGAGUCAGAGGGAGUGACCUCAUCACACCGACAGACGCUGUUGCCAUCACCAAACAGUUUUUCAAAGGCCUCAAGGGUGUAGAGAAUGUGUACACUCAGCAUCAGCCUCUGCUUCAUGACACUCUGGAUCAGCUGAUCAAAGGUCGACUAAAGGACAGUCAGUUCCCAUACCUGGGGCCCAGCAGUCUCAGAGACAGGCCUCAAGACAUUGUGGUGUUUCUUAUUGGUGGAGCCACAUAUGAAGAAGCUCUAACUGUUUACAACCUGAACCGCAGCACACCUGGAGUCCGCAUCGUCCUGGGAGGAAGCACCAUACACAACACCAAAAGUUUCCUGGAGGAAGUGAUGAUGGCGACAGGUCACAGUGGUGACAGAGCACAGGGAAGUGGUCGCCAUGGCAGCAGACGCUAAAAACAACAACAUUCCCUCCUCUCAGUCUGCAGUCAUUUUGUGUUCAUGUGUGUUUAAAGGAACAGUUCAACAUUAUAUUCUGUGUCCAUGUCCCCCUCUGAAGUGUCUGUGUGGUUUCAUGUCAAACCAACUGAAUGUUUUAAGUUAAAAUAAAACAUCAAGAAAUAUGA